AUGAUGUUCGCAUUUCAUGAUGGAUUCUUUUUUGCUGUGAAGGAAGUAUCUUUGCUUGAUCAAGGGGAUGAAGGAAAACAAAGGAUCAUCCAACUUGAACAGGAAAUUGCUCUUCUAAGUCAGUUUGAACACGAGAAUAUUGUCCAGUAUUACGGUACGCAGAAGGUUGAAUCACAUCUUUACAUCUUCCUUGAGCUGGUUACUAAAGGAUCCCUUCUGAGCCUUUACCAAAAGUACAACCUCCGAGAUUCGCUGGUCUCUGCUUAUACUAGACAGAUUUUACAUGGCUUGAAGUAUCUUCAUGACAAAAAUGUGGUCCACAGAGAUAUUAAGUGUGCAAAUAUAUUGGUGGAUGCAAAUGGCUCGGUGAAACUUGCAGAUUUCGGCCUUGCGAAGGCCAUUAAGUUGAAUGAUGUGAAGUCUUGCAAGGGGACUCCAUUCUGGAUGGCUCCUGAGGUUUGCAUUGGCCCUCUUUUCUUAACAUUUAUGUAGCAUGACAAGUCUACUUACAUUUAUGAUCAAUAUAUAUUAGGCCCUUGUUUGAGCCCCAUUUUUGUGAUAAAAAUGCAUUUUUGAAUAAUGUAUUGAUGUGAAAUGUAUAGUUAAAAAAUAAGGAAAAAUUUUGGAUUUGCGUGAUAUUAUUUUAUUGAAGAAUGUGUGGUUGAAAUGAUGUCAAAACAGUAUUUAAGAAUGCAUUUUUUUCCAAAGAAUUGGGCUCAAACAAAGGCUAGGAUUGUGAAAAUUGCUCCCAUAACUUCAUGCACAUUAGCUGUGCCCUUUUAUUUUUCAGAGGAAAGAGGGUGAUGUGAAUCUUGCGACAACUAGUGUCCCUAAUUUUGAUUUAAGGUUGAUGUAUGCAAAUGGAUUUAAUUAAAUUUGAGUCACAUACUAGGAAUAGUGUCUCCUUUACUCAUUUAUCAUAAGGCGUGAUUCAUCAUCUUAUCCUGGGACUAGCCUUUAUUCUCUCUUUUCCUUUUCUUUUUAUAUUCCAGUACUGG